CCCUUCAAUCAACUGAAUAUAAACUCGUUUACAACUUUUUAUUCUGAAAUUCUGUUAUUAAGUAGUGAAUAAAAAUAAAAAUGGGUAAAAAAGAUAAGAAAAAGAAAAAAGGAUUCGGAGUAGAGAAAACAACAGCAAAAACCGAUAAGAAACUCAUCGCAAAACAAAAGAAAUUGCUUCAAAAACUUGGCGAAGACGAUAUCGAGAAUAUUGUUUCAUCAUUUCAAACGUCAAACGCUCUUGAGACAGCAGAACUGCUCUGUGCACCACCUUCCUCAAGAACCAACUUCUCAAUUUGUUCAUUUGAUGAUAUAAUUUAUAUUUUUGGUGGGGAAUUUUUCAAUGGAAAUAAAACCGAUGUGUUUGGAAAUUUUUUCACAUUUAACACAAUUAAGAACGAAUGGAAGCAAAUAAAUGCCUCACCCACUCCAACACCAAGAUCAGGACAUCAAAUGAUUGUUUCAGCUCAAAAUGGUGGCGAAUUUUAUCUUUUCGGUGGUGAAUUUGCUUCUCCAUCUCAACUCCAAUAUCUUCACUUUCGUGAUCUUUGGCGAUUUCAAUUAAAAACAAAAAAAUGGGAGAAACUCAAUGCACCAAAUGGCCCGUCAGCUCGCAGUGGUCAUCGAAUGGUCUUGACAAAGAAACGAAUCAUUUUAUUUGGUGGAUUUCAUGACAACAAUAACAGUUAUCAAUAUUUCAACGACGUUUAUUGUUUUUCUUUGGAAAGUUACAAUUGGACAAAGUUGGAAACUUCAGGUAUUGCUCCAUCACCCCGUUCAGGAGUUAUAAUGGGAGCAACUGAAGAUGGUAAAGUCAUUAUUACUGGUGGUUAUACAAAAACAAGUGCCAAGUCAGAUGCUGAAAGAGGAAUCACUCACAACGACAGUUUCAUGCUACAAGAAGUUGAUGGUGGUAAAUGGAAGUGGAGUAAUAUCAAGCCUGGUGGUCGUCGACCAGCACCUAGGAGUGCUGUCGCUUGUACAUCUGGUUAUGGUGGAAGAAUUUAUACAUUUGGAGGUGUAAUGGACACAGAAGAAGAUGAUGAAAAUCUUAGAGGUCAAUUCAGCAAUGAAAUUCAUUUUCUCGACACAUCUGGUGGUGGAUUAGUUUGGAGAAAAGUUGAAAUUAAACCAAGAAAAUCUGAACAGCCUCAGAAAUCAUCAAAUGAAGAAGUGAUGGAAGUGACUCCAAUUAAGACCACAACUGACGGUGUUUUCACAGUAACAGUUGGUGGUGCUGCUCCAUCAAAACAAACAUCAGUUGAGCAACAUGAUUAUAUUGAUGUCGGUGGUCCAUCGCCAAGAAUGAAUGCGGGAAUUGUUCUUGUUCGUCAUAAUCUUUACGUUUUUGGUGGAAGUUACGAACAAGGCAAUCGACUUUUCACUCUUUGUGACUUUUACUCACUCGACAUCAAUAAAACUGAAGCUUGGCGUACACAUAUUGGAAAUCUUCCUUCAUUGACAUGGUUUGGAAGCGACAGUGAAGAUUCUUCGUCUAAUGAAAGUGAAGAAGAUGAAAGUGACGAUGAAGAAGAUGAAGGUUCAGCUGAUUCUGAUGAAAUGGAAACCGAUAAGUGAAUUUUAUUUGAUUAAAAAAUACAAUUGAAUUAAAAUUAUAAGAAUAAAAUGUUGUGUUAAUUAAGAUCCACACAUCAAACAAUCAUCUUUGUUUUCCAAUGAACAAACCAUUUCAGCCAAUUUCUUUUCACGUUCGUCAGUUCCAUUAACAGAUUUAUUUGGUGAGUUAUGAGCAGAAGAAGGCGAAGUUGGUGAAGAAAUAUUUCCAUUACCAUUCAUCUUAACAGUUGUGGUUGCAUUUUGAUUCAAACGUUGCUUAUCUACAGUGAAUUGAAUUGCAUUAGCAGCUGGCUUUGUACGUAAGUAAUACAUUCCAGUUUUCAAUCCCAUUUUCCAUGCAUGGAAGUGAAUUGAAGUCAACUUUCCAUAAUUUGGUUCAGCAACGUGAAUAUUAAAUGAUUGUGAUUGAUCGAUGAAUGCACCACGAUCAGCUGCCAUUUGAAUUUGAUUCUUUACUGACAUUUCCCAAACGGUCUUGUAAAUCUCACGAAUAUCUUGUGGAAUUUCUUCAAUUGAUUGAAUUGAUCCGUUGUUGCCGAUGAUUUUAUUUUUCAUGUCAUCAUCCCACAAAUCACGUUCAGUCAAAUCCUUGAUGAGAUGAUGAUUAACAACUUGAAACUCUCCACUAAGAACACGUCGGUUGUAAACGUUGCUUGUGUAUGGUUCGAAGCUUUCAUUGUUGCCGAGAAUUUGAGCCGUUGAAGCAGUCGGCAUUGGUGCCACCAACAAUGAAUUACGAACGCCAUGCUUAGCAAUUUUCUCCUUCAAAGUGGACCAAUUCCAAAGAUCUGUUGGCGUUUUAUUCCACAUAUCGUAUUGAAGAAUUCCUUUAGAUACUGGCGAUCCUUCAUAAGUCUCGUAAGUUCCAAAUUCUUCAGCAAGUUCACAACUUGCUUCCAAUGCUCCGUAAUAAAUUGUUUCAAAGAUUUGCUGAUUAAGUUUCUGUGCUUCGGGAGAUUCAAAAGGCAUUCGCAUCAUAAUGAAAGCAUCAGCUAAGCCUUGAACUCCAAUUCCAAUGGGACGAUGACGCAUAUUUGAUCGUUUGGCUUCCGGAACUGGAUAGUAAUUAACGUCAAUGAUUUUAUUGAG